AUGUCUCGGGAGCAAGGUGCUGUUUAUUCCACACAGAGAGGUGCCAGCUGUGAGCAGGAGGAGAGUGAACUCUGCACCAUUCAUCAGGUGGUGAAUGAACCUCUGGAGAUCAGAUCAGCAACAAGAAAUACACUCAGAAGAUUCCUGGGUGAACGGUUCUGGUGCCAUCCCGUGGGCACGGCGGUGCUGAUUCUGCUGCUCCUGGUGCUGGUGAUGGCUUUGGGGGCGGCCUUGGCUGUGCUGGCAGGUAAGGGAGGGGCAGCAUGUGUUCUGGGCUGUCCCUUUGACUGGGUUGGGCACAAGGGGGUCUGCUACUACUUGUCAUGGGAUUUCAGAUCGUGGGAGCAGGGUCAGGAACGGUGCUCCGAGCUCAAUGCCUCCCUGGCCAUUGCCCAGGAUGAGGAGGCCAUGGAUUUGCUCUUCCGCCUCCGCGGGAACGGCGAUUUCUGGCUUGGGCUGCGCAGACGGGGCGAGCGCCUGCACUGGGGGGACGGCAGCAGCUACAGCUCCCGGGUUCCUGUCCUCGGCAGUUCCCAGUGCGUGUACCUGGCUGACAGGAGAUUUAAGAGUGAGAACUGCUCCCAUGAGCGGCCGUAUGUCUGCAGCAAGGCCCAAGCUCCCCUGUAACAGGGGCUGCACAAAGGACCUUCUCCACGCUGGGCAGUGCCAGCUUCACCUCUGAGCCCAGCACAGCGCUGUCCUUCCUCAGCUGCGCCCUGUGCCUUGCACUUCCUCUCAGGGUCACCUCAGUGCCUCUUCAUCCCCGGUGCCAGCGCUGGGCUGGGGCUGCAAAGGAAAAGUCUCUGCAAUCCAUCCUGCCACAGAUGCUGCCUGCAGGGAGUGCAUUGCCCUCAUUAUAUGUGAGAA